GGGCCGCGGGGACCCCCGGGGGAGCCGGGCCGGCCGGGCCCGCCGGGACCCCCGGGGCCGGGCCCGGGCGGGUACAUCCCGUCCUUCUACAGCCCCAAAAUCGCUUUCUACGCCGGCCUGAGGAAGCCGCACGAGGGCUACGAGGUGCUGCGCUUCGACGACGUGGUGACCAACGUGGGCAACUACUACGAGCCCUCGAGCGGCAAAUUCACCUGCCCCCUGCCCGGCAUCUACUUCUUCACCUACCACGUCCUGAUGCGCGGCGGCGACGGCACCAGCAUGUGGGCCGACCUGAUGAAGAACGGGCAGGUCCGUGCCAGCGCCAUCGCGCAGGACGCCGACCAGAACUACGACUACGCGAGCAACAGCGUCAUCCUGCACCUGGACGUGGGCGACGAGGUGUGCGUCAAGCUGGACGGGGGCAAGGUGCACGGCGGCAACACCAACAAGUACAGCACCUUCUCCGGCUUCAUCAUCUACCCCGACUGACCCCCGGGACCCCCCGGGACCCCCCCGGAAACGGGACCCCCCCGGAACCGGGACCCCCGGGACAGCCCCGGAAUGGGGAACCCCCCCGGGACCCCCGGGAUCCCGUCCGACCCCCGAGCUCAGCACCUUCUCCGGCUUCAUCAUCCACCCCGACUGACCCAGGACCCCCCCGGGGUA